CCCAUUCCGAUCCAUUGAUCCUCGACAACCCUCGAUCAAUCCUGGAGACCCUUCCUCCCUUUGCCUCCUCCUAUUAACCUCAAACCUCUUGCUCCUCAACUUAUCCUCACUCAAUCUUCUCUUCCCUAGGAAACCUCCCUCCCCGACCCAAUCGCAGCUCCCUCACCAUGCCAGGCGGCGCCGUGUUGGCCGCGACGGCCGAUGUCUCGCGCAUCGAGGCCCCCGUCACCUUGAAGGCAUACCUGAUGUGUGCAUUUGCCUCUUUUGGCGGUAUCUUCUUUGGUUAUGACUCUGGAUAUGUCUCAGGUGUGAUGGGAAUGAACUAUUUCAUACAUAUGAUUACCGGUAUUCCUAUCCCUCCUCCCGGUGCCAGCGACGCUGUCAAGGCUGCUUUCACCCUGCCAGCCUGGAAGAAGUCUCUCAUCACCUCUAUUCUCUCGGCCGGUACCUUCUUCGGAGCCCUCAUUGCUGGUGAUCUUGCCGAUUGGUUUGGUCGCCGUACGACUGUCAUUGCAGGAUGUAUCAUCUUCAUCAUUGGUGAUAUCCUCCAAACCGCCUCUCACGGCUUUGGUCUUCUCGUCGCCGGUCGUCUCAUUGCAGGCUUCGGUGUUGGCUUCGUCUCCGCUAUCAUCAUUCUCUACAUGUCUGAGAUUGCCCCCAAGAAGAUCCGGGGAGCUCUCGUUUCUGGCUACCAAUUCUUCGUCACGAUCGGUAUCCUGCUUGCCUCUUGCGUCGACUACGGCACCCAGGACAGAACCGAUACUGGCUCCUACCGUAUCCCCAUCGGAGUGCAGAUGCUUUGGGCCUUGAUCCUCGGAGUCGGUCUCUUCUUCCUCCCCGAGUCCCCUCGUUACUACGUCAAGAAGGGCAACCUGGAAAAGGCAACGCACGCCCUGAGCCUGCUUCGCGGUCAGCCUGAAGGUUCCGAAUACGUCCAGCAAGAACUGGCUGAGGUUGUCGCUAACCACGAAUACGAGCUGUCGGUUAUCCCAGGCAGUGGCUAUUUCACCUCCUGGUACAACUGCUUCCGCGGUGGACUUCGAAACCCAUCCUCCAACCUACGCCGCACGAUCCUGGGUACCUCCCUUCAGAUGAUGCAGCAGUGGACUGGAAUCAACUUCAUCUUUUACUUCGGCACAACGUUUUUCCAGGAAUUACAAACCAUCAAGAACCCCUUCUUGAUCAGUAUCAUCACUACCCUGGUCAAUGUUUGCUCUACUCCGCUCUCCUUCUGGAUGAUCGAGAGGUUCGGCCGCCGCACGAUUCUUAUCUUUGGUGCGCUUGGAAUGUUGAUCUGCGAGUUUAUUGUGGCCAUUGUCGGUGUGACCGCUGGUCAGCCAAGCAAGGGCAACAACGCGGCUGUCUCCUCCCAGAUUGCAUUCAUCUGUAUCUAUAUCUUCUUCUUCGCUUCCACCUGGGGUCCGGGCGCAUGGGUCCUCAUCGGGGAGAUCUUCCCUCUCCCUAUCCGCUCUCGUGGUGUCUCCCUCUCGACUGCCUCUAACUGGCUCUGGAACUGCAUCAUCGCGGUCAUCACCCCCUACAUGGUAGGGACCGACAAGGGCGAGGCCAACCUGCAGUCGCGAGUCUUCUUCAUCUGGGGCUCUCUCUGCACUGCCUGCUUCGUUUAUGCCUAUCUCCUGAUCCCUGAGACCAAGGGUUUGAGUUUGGAACAGGUUGACCGUAUGCUUGAGGAGACCACACCACGAACGUCAGCGAAAUGGGUGCCACACUCGACAUUCGCGGCCGACAUGGGUCUGACGGAGAAGGGAACUCUCGCUCCAGAGAUCAUUGAGGACGUUACUGGUCAAAAAGUGACCGAGGCAAAGGAGACGGAUGCGGUCUAGAAGCCUUUGCUUUUGUUGGCGAAAGUCGUUUUUAGCAAUGAGGAAGAGUAAUUUGUAAUGCGAAAGGCAAUUGUUGGAAUAAUGCUUCCUUGCUAGACAUAGUCACAUGGCUGGCUCAGCUUGCGGAUUCGCAGCUUGAGGGCAUUUUAGAUUAAAACGAGAGGAUAAUCGACGGGUGCCUUCUACUCCUUCUGACCCAAGCUGUGACUGACUUCUUGUAUCGUAGACAGCAGCAGUGUCAAGUGCCCGAUGAACCUAAGACCCGGAAAUCCAAAAUAUCAAUAUUCCACUAUAUACCUUGACGACUGACCCCGCUAGAUAGUAGAUAGGAAAUAUUAGAUCCUCUAUAGAACGGCCUUCCUCUUUUACUCUUUUUACUCUUUCUUGAGGCUCUUUUUUCCUUUCGGUAGCUCUUUUAUUCUAUAGUAC